UCUUUCUCUUUCUCUUUCUCUAUAACAUUCGGUUUACUCUUGCACUUUUUUUCUCUUCUGCUCUCAAUUGUCCUCUUGGUUUUAUCUUUCCGUUGUUCACCGAUCUCAUUAAUGAGACUAUUUCAUCUAAUUCAUUUAUUGGAAGUUAAUCUAUGGAAUAACUAAUUCUAUUGUUCAUCAUCAUCAUAAAAGUAAAAAAAACGAACAUCCUAAAUAAUCUCUCUCUCUCUCUAUCUCUGUGUUUCUCUAUUUCUCUUUCUUCAUUAACCUCAAACUCUAAAACCACCAAAACAACAAUAUCAACAAGGAGGUUGGGAAAAAAAGCUAACCAAAUUUUCUAGAGAAUGAUGGAAGCUUGUGAGGAAAGUAUUCCUGUCGAUAGGCUUAAAGUGAUGUUGAAAAAUCAAUUGGAAUAUUAUUUUUCAAGUGAAAAUUUAUUUCGCGAUUCUUAUUUAAAAUCUCAAAUGGACUCUGAUCAAUAUGUUCCAAUCAGCACCGUUGCCAAUUUUGAUCAAAUCAAAAAGUUAACCCGUGAUAUUGAACUUAUAGUAAAUGUCCUUAAAGAAUCACAAUGUGUACAAGUGGACGAAAGUGGUCAAAAAGUGAGACCAGUAAGCAAAAGAUGUGUUCUUAUAUUAAGAGAAAUACCUGAAUCAACCCCUGUAAAUGAUGUACAAAAUCUAUUUAAUGGUAAAGAUUGUCCAAAAUAUGUGUCCUGUGAAUUUGCCCACAACAAUAGUUGGUAUGUUUCCUUUGAAUCAGACGAAGACGCUCAACGAGCUUACAGAUAUUUACGAGAAGAUGUUCAAACAUUUCAAGGUAAACCGAUAAUGGCUCGAAUUAAGGCUAAACCAGUGAUAUCGAGUUAUACAUCAUUUAAGAAUGGAAUUGAGUCAAAUAUUGGAUAUGAAGUAGCCUUACCUACAAUGGAAAGUCCAGUUGAUGCAAAUAGUAUUUUCAAUCCAGCAUUGGCAACACAAACUCAUCCAGCUUAUCAAGCAAUUCCACCAAUUUUUCCAACUCUAUUUACACCACCGACUACUAUGCUUCACACAUAUCCUCCCCCAACAACUGCUCAAUGUUAUGAUUUAAGUACUGUAUUCACUUUAAAUGGCCUAUCUCCACAUGCUGCUUUCAAACCAGUCCACAAUAAUAGACCCAACUGCCCGCCUUAUGUAUAUCGAAACUCAAGGAAAAACAACAAUAAUAAUCACUCUCAUCACAGCCACAAUCAUAAUCAUAAUCCUAAUCAUCCUAAUCAUCAUAAUCAUCAUAAUCAUAAUCAAAAUCAUAACCCAAACCAUAACCAUGCUCAUAACCAGCAUCAGCAUCAGCAUCAGCACCAACACCAACAUCAGAAUCCGAAUCACAAUCAAAAUCAAAAUCAUGGUAUCAACAAUACAAAUAAUCCAAAUAAUCCAAACAAUAAUAACAGCAACAACUCCUCCAAUAAUCAUGCCAAUAGUAAUACCAAUGUGAAUAACAAUCAUCCAAAUACCAAUAAUUAUACUUCAUCUAUGCGAUAUUCUAAUGCUAAUGCUGAUGUCGUUGUUGUGAGUGGUGGUGAUGGGAAUGGAAAUGGAAAUGGGAAUGAAGGUGUCGGUGUCGAUGUUGGUGUUGAAUCAACUUCCGUUGCUUCAAUAGCCUCUGUAUCAACAUCACCGAAUACAAUUUGUGAAAAUGAGACACAGAAUCAAUUGGUUAAAUCUAGUGAAGAGAAUACAGAUUGUAAUAUAACAUUGAAUCAAGGAGCGAGUUCUUCAUCUUAUAAAUCGGGUAACAAAACUAAUCAAUCUGCUGGUGAUAAAAGAUCCAGAUUUUCAGGUAAAAGUGGUGAUUCAAGAUCAUCCAAUUCAUCUGUUAAUCAUGAUGAUGGACAUUGGAAUCAUUCGAAUUCGUAUGGGUCAGGAUAUUAUCAUGGAAAUAGAGGGAGAAGGAAUUAUAAUCGUUCUGAUAAUCGAGAUAAACAAGUGUCUUAUGAUAAUGGCCUGAGAUCAUCAAAUCAAGGAUUUCAUGGUUAUCAUGAUGAUAAUAAUAACUCUACUGGUGUUGUAGGUUAUGUUGCACAUGGUGGAAAUCAACACAACAUUAGCAACAAUGGUAGUGUUGUUGUUAUCGGUGGUGGUGUUGUGGGAGCUGUUGGUGGAAGUAUUAUUCCUGGAGGAUCAGUUGUCGGUGUCGGUGGUAGUGUUAGCAGUGUUGGUGGUGGUGGUGGUGUUGGUAACAAUGGUGGAAAUGGUGGAAGUGGAAACGGAUUAUCUACACGAGGAAACAAAGGUGGUAAUAGAAGGCGAAGAAAUGUCGAUGGAGAUAAUAGUAAUAGUAAUGAAGUUGGAUCUUCUAAUUAUGCCAAUGGGAAACACAGCAAUGGAAGAAAUUAUAAUUAUAACAAAGGAAAUCGAAAUAAUAGUAAAUUAAAAGAAGAGAAUCGAGAAGAUAAAGUUACUAUAGAUUUUGAUUUGGGUGCAGCGGCUUUUCCGCCUUUACCGGGUCUUGAUGAUGGAUCAAUUUCGUCAAAAAAUGACAACAACUCAAUUAACACUGGAGAAAAUAAUAUUCCGGACCAAACUAAUUCAACAACAACAGUUAUUGCUACAAAUGCAACAACUACAACACUGUCAAUAAAUACUGAUUCUAAUAUUAAAGAAUCUUCUGUGAUCAAAUCUACUGGUAGUGUAAAUUGUAAUAAUAAUAACGGGUCUUUAGCUGAUGUCGUAAGAGGCACAAUGAAAUUUAACAAGAAUCAAGCAUGGAGACCACUUGAUGGACCACCGUUAGUUUCUACACAAGGUACAUCGCCUGGAACAGUAGUUAAAUCAGUUGAUAUGAAAGCUGAUGCUAAACAUCAACAACAACAACAACCACAAGGUCAAGGGAAUAAUAAGAAAGGUGGUGAUAGUCGGACCAAUACUGUUGGUGGUGGUGGAAGUAAAAAAGAAAGUGAUGAUAAACUCAAGAAUGGCGACAAAAGCAAUGUUGAUAAUAGUAGUGCAACUUUAAAUGGUAAUGUUAAAAUAUCAUCAGUAUCAACAGUCUCAACAGCAUUAGCUUCAUCAUCAUCUUCCCCAUUACAAUCAUCUUUAUCACCUCCUUCAUCAUCGUCAUCAUUAUCUUCUCAAUCACCUAAAAACCUUAAAGAUGCAAAUGUAUCCAAUUCAAAUGUUACUACUACAACUAUAAAUUCAACUGCCAAAAGUAACGUAGUAGUAGUAGAAGUAUUAUCAAAAUCUACAAAGAAAGAUGAUCCAGAAACAAAAGUAGUUGCUGUUACUUCAAGUGCAAAAUCACCAAUCACAUGCAAUCAAGGAAAUAGUAACACUAACAACAACAUUAAUAAUAAUAAUAAUAAUUCAAACUGUUCUCUUGUUACUUCAUCAUCUUCAAAAGUAUCUACUGAUUCUACAAAAUCUGCCUCUUCUCAUCAUCAGUAACAUCUCCAUCUUCGUCUUCAUCUUCAUCUUCAUCAUCAUCCACAUGUUCAACUACAACUUCAGUAUCAUCGACGUCUUUUGCUACAAAAGCAGCAACAGCGAUCCAAUCACCACCAACAUUAUCUUCAUCGUCUUCAUCAUCACCUUCGUCUACAUCUACAUCUGCAUCAUCUUCAUCUUCAUCUCGAUCUCCGAAUGUUCCAAACCUCGAUUCAAACAGUUGUGAUAUUGAUAAUGAUAAUUCAAGUCAUUUCAAAGUGCCGAAAAGUCCUCUUACUAAAUCAAGUCCGCGCCAAACUAAAAAUAAUAAUAAUAUUGUUAAUAAUAAUAAUAAUAAUAAUAAUAAUAGUAAUAACGAUAACCAUAAUGGAAAUAACUCUAAAAAGGAAAAUAUUAUUACUAAUAAUCACAAUGAAAAUGUUAAUAAUAAUACCAACAGUAUCUGCAAAACAACAACAACAACAAAAGCAACUCAAACUCAAACUCAAAUUCGAGUUCAAACUCGAAUUCAAACCACAUGAAUAGUCCUAAAAGUGGUGAAAGUAAAGAUGAUCAUCCAACGAGUUUCGUAAAAGCAGUUUCGUCUUCUUCAUCUAAAGCUGAUCGAAAUUCAAAAGACAAAAGCAAAGUCUCAACAGUUAAAAGUGAAAAAGCAUGUAAUGGAAUUGUCUCUUCAUCGUCAUCGUCAUCACCUCCUUCGUCAACGAAAACAACAACAACAACAUCGACAAGCAAUUCAAAGCUCAACAAUAAAAUGAAUUCUAAAUCUAGUGGUGAUAAAAAGGAAGAUUCAGAUCGACCAGAUUCUCAUGAAGAAGAUGAAGGUAUUAAUUUGGACGAAUCGAGUCACAGUAAUGGAAAAAAGUUGACCUUUGCUGAAGUUGCUCGUCGUUCUAAAGCAAAAGCGACCGCAGCAAGUGGAGUGGAAAAGUAAUGACCAGAAUUAUUAUGUAUAAGUGGUUUAUGCAUAUUAUGUGUCAUCAUCAAUGAACAUUUUUGAACUUUUUGUUUGUUUGCGUUUUCCAAACAAAUACAAAUCAUGGGAGAAUCGUCAUUUUCCUUCAAACUAAAUUACAUUAUCUAUGGAAAUGAUAAUGAAAACAACUACUAAUGAUUGUCUUCGUCAAAACCAAUCACUAAAAAAUCCAAUCAAAUCGAUCUCAUCAGCUAAAUUAACAUAAUUUGUUUUCAAUCAUAGAAAAACAAACUCAAUCAAUUGAUUUGA